AUGAGUCCCUCAGAACGACAACGUGACCUACAACCUCAUACCUGUCACUUAGCUCCAGCAGAUAGCUUUCCAACUUUUAACGAUUAUAUCAGACGUUUUUUUGAUAAUUUGUAUCGCAGCUUUGACCAACGGCAAUGGUGGACAGAUUCGGCUAGUCCAGCAGGAAUUUCAUCUACUUAUGACUGCAAUUUUGGCAGUGCAAUUGGACAAAUCGUGAAUAAUGAAGAAAAAUUUUCUGUGGAAGUGGAUGUUUCUCAUUUUCACCCAGAAGAUUUGAAAGUGAGUUUACGCCAUCAGGAACUGAUCAUCGAAGGUCAUCAGAAUCAACGACGUGAUCCACACGGAUCUAUUGAAAGACAUUUUGUUCGCAAAUACUUACUACCGCCCGAUGUCGAUUAUGCUACUUUGACCUCGUCUUUAAAAGAUAACGGUAUUUUGACUGUAAGUGCGCGGAAGCAAAAUGUUCCACCGACAACUCCAACGCGAAAUAUUCCAAUACAAAAGCAAAGAGGGCGUGAUCGUCAGCGUUCGCCAUCUGUGAGAUUAACCGACUCUCGCGCUAGUCAGACAGGAUCCAAUAAUUAA